GCGGCGAAUGCACUGAGUUGAGGGGAAUGCUCGACCUGCAGCAGUCGAUUCUGGGCAGCCCGCCUGGUGCGCUGCAACAUAUCACAGUCGGCGACGAGGCGCUUGUGUUAUACCCCUCCGCGAACUCUGUCGUCAUCCUCGAUGCGCGCACGCUCGCCGCUGUGCGCGUUCUCGCCUUCUGGGAGGCCUUCCCCGCGACGCGGCACUCCCAUGAGUCUGUCGCAUGCGUGUCCGUCGACCCGAGCAUGAAGAUCAUAGUCGCGUCGAUGAACACCCGUGUCGCGGCCUGGUCCCUCUCGGGCUUCCGCCCAGACGCGUGGAAGGUCCACUCAGCGCUUGCCCUCCCACCCGAACAUAUCGUUACCGCGCUCGACACCAAGUCCGGUCUCCUCGCUGUCGGUACUCAGCGUGCACUCUCUGUGUACACGCUGAUCCUCGAGAAUGAUCUCCCGACGUGGUCCCAGAAAUGGACCGUGGCAGCGAAGGCGCCGUUCCUAGCGCGAUUCGCACCCUCGCUGAUGUACAUCGCGACUGCGUCCAAGAGCGACAAUAUCGUGCGGACAUACUCGCUCACCACAGGGCGCCUGUCCCAGUCCAUUCCCCAUCCCCGACCUGUCACCAAUAUUGUUUGGCGAUACACCCAGGCGUCCUCUCGUGACGAUCUCAUCCUCUACACGGUCACCGCUGAUGCAGUACUACGUGUCUUCGUACCUGUCCUCGACGCCCCACAAUCCCUGCAACUCCACGCCUCCCUCGACCUUUACUCCAGCGUGCCCUUCUCCGUCGCAUCCAUGUACAGCUCAUCCCCUACGAGCGUGUUCUGCCUGAACCGCUCUGCAUUGGAGCAAGCCCUCGAGCGCAUUGUCGAAAGUGCACCUCCGCACGCGGAACAUCACCACCGACUCCGGGAGAUGAAGGAGGAGGCGUGGGAUCUGUUCCUCCGCGCGAUGCCUGAUGGAUCACUGGUCGUUUCCGCCAUUGCGAAUAUUGACCGCAGACCACCGACAUUGCUUAGACAAUUCACGCUGCAGCACUCAGCGCCAGGAGUGCUUCCUAGUGUGCCAAAACAUCUGUACAUCUUGCCGCAGACGGGAACCAGUCCAAAACCCGGCCAAUCUAUAGGCUCACGACCCAAGCCCUCGCGAACUUCGUCGACCCGUAGUACCUUGGAAGCUACCAAGCCUGACGGUGCUGGCAAUACUGCCCUCCCAAUGAACGAAGCGGCCUCCAUGACACUCAUCUCUACGCCACCUUUGCGCACCUUCGCACUGCGUCCAGCGCUUUUCUUCGGUGCGGAGGGUGCUGGGCUGGACAUGAGAGCGGAGGUACCGGUUGCAGGCGAAGCGGGACCAGGGGUGUUGCGCGCCACAGCACCAACGUCAGCAAACGGGAGCCAGGAAAACAUUACUGGGACGCAACUUGCGACGCGAGACAUCGUGCGCUUCAUCCGGACGCCGGAGGGUCGCGGGGUAUGUGUUAUACGCGGCGGCGCUGGGGAGGUAUGGAGUGCAAGGAGUACCAGGCCACUGCAUGCAACGCCGGAGAACACUGUGCCCGGAGACACGAAGACGCACCUGCAUGGCCCGCAUACGCUCUCAUUAUCAGGUACUUGGGAGUCCGCAGACUUCGUCGUUCCCCUCGACGGCGGGCGCAACUUCGUCACCUACCAUGCCUCGGACGGCGUCCUCCGACUACACUCCCAUCACCCGCACGCCGAAUCCCUGCACGCGCACGAGCUCAAGAUCCCCACCAUCCAAUACCUCUUCUCCAUGCCCUCAACAACGGGCCGACACGACUCGCUGUAUGGAAUUGCGCCGGAUGGCUCAAUCUUGCAUAUUCAUGUCGACGGCCGACGGACGCUCCUGGAUGACUUCGGGAGCGAGACAGGAAGAGGCGUUAUCGAUCUGGGCUCCUCACAGUCCUCUUGCGACGAUGAUGGCGACAAUGAGCCCUGCGCAUUGUCUAUUCACUGUCAUGCCGCCUUAUCCCUUCCGGAACCACCAUUGCUCGUCCGACAGGUCGAUCCAAUGGCAUGGGGCCUUGGGCAUCCGUGGACGGAACAUGAUGUCUUGCUGAGCGUAUCCAAGGGCGGUGAUCUGGCGUUUUGGGUACCGGAGGCGCCGGGUACGCAUGGGUGGCGGUGUACAGGAGAAGUGAGGACAGGUAGGAAGGGUAUCACGAAGGCGAGGUGUAGUAGUGCGAAGAAGACGGCGCUCAUUACACCUACACCUGAAGGUGCAGAGGAGCUGACGAUCUGGGACUCACAUGAAUCCGAGUUUGCGUCCGGUCUUGAAUUCCGAAGGGUGUUCGACGAAGCCAUCAACGACCUUGACUGGACUGCAACGCCCAAUAUGCAAUCCAUUCUAGCAGUCGGCUUCCUCCACCACGUCGAACUUCUCUGCCAGCAGCGCAUGACCUACUUCGACGAAGGCCCCGGAUGGGCGAUGUGUUGGAGAGUGGAUAUUGGGAGCUUUAUUCCUCACCCAAUCAGCGACUCCAUCUGGCUAGCGAAUGGCGCGUUACUUGUUGGCGUAGGACAUCAGAUGCUGCUAUAUGGUCAAGCGGCGGCACACAGUCCAGAUGAUGCUGCACCGAGCGAGGAGACACUCUUCGAAUACGUUGCCAGGUCGAAUGGUCCACUACCGGACUAUCACCCGCAGAUGCUUCUUCAGUGCCUGCUAUGGGACAAGGUCGAGCUCGUCAAGGACAUCAUUGUGAAUCUGGCUAAGGACUUCGAGCGAAGGAAACCUCACGAAAUCCUCUGGCAUACGGAGAUACCGCUCGAACGUUUCCUCAGCAAUGGACAAGCACCUGAGCAUGUUGUUGGGCAGAAGAAGCGAUACGUAAGCCUGUUUGACCAGAACGGGUUCGCGGACGAUUCAGAAGAGGAAGGCUUCUCUCGCAAGCUGGUGGCACGACUGCUUGACGCAUUAGAACGGAACCCAUUACCAUAUCUGACGCCAAGUGAACGUGCGCACCUGGUCGUUCUCAUUCAGACAACGUUAGAGAUAGAUGAGGCCCGCCGCGCGCUAGAUUCCAACGGCUUGCGAUACUUGAUCUCCAUGCGCUCCUUCUACAUCCACAACAGUCGAGCGUCGGCACCCAGCAGCCCUUCCGGCAACGGACCUCCGCAGACUGGUCGUAGAGAGCGCUUGCGCUAUAGGGACAUGAUCUGGGCAUAUCAUAGCGAGUGUCAGCAGCUUCUGCUCGACGCCAGCAAGGCAGCAUGCGGCGGCAAGAUGACCUGGUCGGAUGCGCGCGCCCUGGGAGUGCCUAUAUGGCUGACAUCCCUGGAGUCGCUGCGCUCCGAAAUGGAGUCCAUCGCCCGCAACGAGUACAUGGCAGGGGAAAGUCGAGACCCCACGGCAUGCUCUCUGUUCUACUUCGCGCUUGGCAAGGUAAAGCUCGUGCACGGGCUUUGGCGGACAGCAGCGUGGCAUAAGGAGCAAGCAGUCAUGCUCAAGUUCCUCGCGAACGAUUUCAGCGAGCAUCGAUGGAAGACAGCUGCGCUGAAGAACGCGUAUGCGCUAUUGAGCAAGCGUCGCUUUGAAUAUGCGGCCGCGUUCUUCUUGCUCGGCGGCGCGCUCAAGGAUGCCGUCGCAGUAUGCGUCAAGCAGCUGAACGACUUCCAGCUCGCAGUAGCGUUGGCCCGCAUAGUAGAGAACAGCAACGAUGGUCCUGUCCUGCGCGACAUACUCAACAAUACCGUUCUGCCGAAGGCAUUCCGUGAGGGCAAUCGAUGGUUGGGCGGUUGGGCCUUCUGGCUAUUACACCGUCGCGAUUUGGCCGUGCGCAUUCUCGUCACCCCAUUGCAAGAGCUCGCGCGCGAGUUGGACAUCCGGGUGGACGAGAUCGGCGAGCCGCACUACGAUGACACAAGCCUUGCAUUGCUGUUCGCACAGCUGCGGUCGAAGACACUGCAAGCCGCGAAGGGCGCGAGCGAGAUUUCAGGGCGCUUGGAGUUCAACUUCGUGCUGCAGAUCGCACGAGUGUUCUCAAGGAUGGGCUGCCAUAUCCUUGCUCUAGAUCUUGUGCGCUCGUGGUCCUUCGAGCGGCCCGCUGCACCUGUACGGGCAACCAAUGGUACAGACGAGUUCAAGCCACCCACCAGCCCCGUCACUCAGCGAUCGCACUUCCACCAUACCCUGCAUCACCGGCGAUCGUCGAUGAUCAUUGACAUGGACAUACCAUCCAGCUCGCCCUCACCUUCCCCCGACGUACCUACGCCUAUACCAGAGGAACCUGCGAAGAAGCCCGAGGCGGAUGGCGACCUGCAAGCUCGCAAGGCUGGUCUAGGCAGCCUAAUGCAGACAGCAAAGAAGGAUGUCACGGUGCCGGAGUUUGACAUCAACUCUUUCUUCUAGCCUGAGCAAUGCCGCCUCA